CAAUCAAAAAGAGAGUUGAGUUUGGAGGGGCGGAGAAACACGCAGGUGCACCUGAUUAACACACGAGACGAGACGCGCACUUUACAAGAGACCACCGCAAAACAGAGCCAACAGAAAUCGCUACAUAAAAACACUUCCUCGUUUGACCACGUGACGUCUCGAAGACCACCUCAGUGCAUCACGUCUUGCCUCUUUACUAACCUGAAGCUAAGAGCAUCCACAGAGACUCUAUGUCCACAGACGCAGUGCAGGAGCUCAGGCAGCAGUGCCUUAAGAGAGGCGCAGCAGGGAUCAAGGCUCUUGGAAGGACAUUUCGCAUUAUGGACGAUGAUGGCAGUAAAUCUCUGGACUUCCAGGAGUUCGAGAAGGGACUGGAGAACUACGGCAUGUCCGUGGGGAAGGACAAAGCACAGCAGAUCUUUGUCAUGAUGGACAAGGAUGGAAGCGGCACCAUCAACUUUGAUGAGUUUCUGGAGAAAUUAAGGCCGCCCAUGUCGAGCGCACGGAAACAGGUGAUCAAUCAGGCUUUUCAGAAACUAGAUAAGACCGGAGACGGUGUUGUGACCGUAGAAGAUCUACAGGGUGUAUACGACAGCAAACACCACCCCAAAUACAAGAGCGGACAGUGGACAGAAGAACAAGUCUUCCGCUCUUUCCUGGAAACCUUCGACUCUCCGUAUGACAAAGAUGGAAAGGUGACUCUAGAGGAGUUUCUGAACUAUUACAGCGGAGUCAGUGCUUCUGUCGACAGCGAUGAGUAUUUCAUCACCAUGAUGAAGAACGCAUGGAAGCUGUAGUCAUCAUCAUCUGUCGUCUGAUUGUCGCAUUGUCAUUAGAUCUAACACUAAGAUUGUGCAAUAUUUACUCGUAGAAAUUCUGUGUCUAAUUAAAAGUGUUUGAUUCCUA